CCGCAUAUUCGAUAUAAAACGACAUUUCUUGCACAUUUUCGCUUUCAGUUCGUUUUUAGCUCCGGUUGCGUUGGGAUUUACUGUAGUGGCAAUGCAGAUCCUUAAAGUGUUGCUAGUAGUGUUUUUGGUGAUUAACAUAACGACCGGGUUCUUCUUCAAGAAGAAGAAAAAAGUGUACGUCCAUCAUCCCCCGGCAGUGCAGCAACCGCAGUAUCCGUAUGGCUACGCCUACAACUAUUACUAUCAACCUGCGCCGUACUACUAUUAUCAGCCAACCAGCGUGAACACUGCUCCGGUGCCGGCGACGUAUCCGGAACCGGUACACACCGUGGCACCCGUGGCCUACCAGCAGCCUGACUAUCAGGCAGCAAGUUACGCCGGCAGCUCGCACCAGCAGCCGUUGCCUGCCUACCAGGCAGCAAGUAAUGCCGGCAGCUCGCACCAGCAGCCGUUGCCUGUCUCCCAUGCAGUGAAUUUCGCUGGCAGCUCCCACCAGCAGGCAACGGCUGUGUCCCAAGCAGCAAGUUUCGCUGGCAGCUCCACCCAGCAGGCAUUGCCUGCUUUCGAAGCAGUAAGCUUCAAUGGCAACUCUAAUCAGCAGGCAUUGCCGGCAUUCGGAUCAAUACGGUUGAAUAGUAACUCCAACCAGCAGGCUUUGCCAGCAGUAGAAUCGAAUGGAAACUCCAGAAACGUAGAAGUUAUACCAUCCGUCGGGUUCCGGAUGGGCACCGUGACCAAUGUAAUAGAGGUGCUAAAGUCGGAAGGUAGACACAUUGAGCUACCAGCGGAAAUCGUUCCUAUAAACGAUGCAGCACCUUUACCGGUGUUCACUGCGCAAAGUCACGGACGAACCGCGAAUACGGAAACCCUAUCCUCCAGAAUUCAGGAAAGUGAACCAUUAUUGGGUACGGUUGUAGAAGAGGUACAACAGCCAAUUACUGUAUCCGAAGAUAUCCAAGACGACACUGCAGAAGUUAUCCAAGAGUUGCCCCCAUCAGUCAGCGGUGGAGCCAAUCUUAUAGUGUUACCGGAUUCGGCAGGCGAAAAUAUUGAGUUGCCCGUGCGAAUCGAAGAAACAGCAGGCUUACCGGCCGAUAACGCAGGUACGAUACUCGUGUCGGUAAAUAGCGAUCAAACAGUAAGCGUGCCAGAAACUGACGAUCAAACUGUGGGCCUGGCGGAUGCAAGCCUAGUAGCUGUAGACCUACCGGAAGCAAACGAUCAGUCUUUAGGACUGCCGGUAGCUGAUGGCCAAACUGUAAGUUUGGCGGGUGCAAGCGUAUUUAAUGUAGGCUCGGCGGUGGAUGUUGAUCAAACUGUAGAUCUACCUGUAAAUGUGGAUGAAACUGAAGGCCUUUCGCUAGAUGGCGAUCAAACGCUAAACGUGCCCGUAGAUGACGUUCAAACUGUAGGCCUGCGGUUUGGCGAUAAUACUGACCUAUCCAUUGCCGGUGGAGAUACGAAACCCGCAACAGCAAAUACGCGCGAUGGAAGCAGUGACGAGUCCGGGAAAGCGAACGCGCAGCCCGUACUGAGCAGUGUGGCCAUUGUUCCAAAUCGACUGUCCAGUAAUGUGGUCACGUAUCAGUUGCAGUCACCGGAUGUGGAGCCACUUUCGUUUCCCGAGGUUCAGCAGGUGCUGCAGAAGCUGCUGCAGCGCGAUAACUUUGACGAGAAACGGCUCAAGAAGGAUGUGACGUCCAGUGGAGGGUAUAAAACGUCCAAGGGAGUACAGAUCGAUCCGCAAGUCAGCUACAGUCGAGUGGCUCGCCAAUAAAGCAUGAGGAUACCGCUUUAAAUAGA